CAGAAGUUUCUUUUCCAUGGUCUAUAAAGGCCAGAGAAAAAACUGUAGGAUCAGUCAACAGACGAGCGAACCCAGAGAGUGAGGACUGAGAGAGAUCGUGCCAAGUUCUGCCAGAAUGAAAAACGAAAACCUUGACAUCAGUAUGAAAACAUUUCAAGGUAUCCCAAGAGAAUGAUGCUUCUAUAGCUGCUCAACAACCAGAAGACAGAAAGGAUGUGGGUAACCAACGUUGUAGUUCUGUGCCUCCUGGCCGUUGCGGCCUCCGGAGAAGACAAGAAGAAGCUGAGCAGCCAUGCCACCACCAUGGCUGACAAGAGCGCCAACCUGGCCUUCAGCCUCUACCACACGGUGGCCAAGGAGAAGGGCCUUGACAACAUCCUGAUAUCCCCUGUGGUGGUGGCCUCCUCCCUUGGCAUGGUGGCUCUCGGGGGCAAGGCAUCCACCGCUUCCCAGGUCAAGUCUGUCCUCAGUGCUGAUGCCCUGAAUGAUGAGCACCUGCACACAGGCCUGUCAGAGCUCCUGACUGAGGUCAGCGACCCCAAGACCCGGAACGUCACAUGGAAGAUCAGUAACCGCCUCUACGGCCCCAGCUCGGUCACCUUCGCCGACAACUUUGUGAAGAGCAGCAAGAAGCACUACAACUAUGACCACUCGAAGAUCAACCUCAGGGACAAGAGGAGCGCAGUGAACUCCAUCAACGAAUGGGCGGCCAAGUCGACAGACGGCAAGCUGCCUGAGAUCACCAAGGAUGUGCAGAAUGCUGACGGAGCAACAAUCGCCAACGCUAUGUUCUUCAAGCCUCACUGGGAUGAGAAGUUCCAUGAGAAGAUGGUAGACAACCGUGGCUUCCUGGUGACCCGUUCAUUCACAGUUUCUGUUCCCAUGAUGCAUCGCACCGGUCUCUAUAAGUUCCAUGAUGACACAGAGAACAGGUUGUUUGUGCUGGACAUGCCACUGGGCCAGAAGCAGUCCAGCCUGGUGUUCAUCAUGCCCUAUCACCUGGAACCCCUUGACAGGCUGGAGAAGCUGCUGACCCGCAAGCAGCUGGAAACCUGGAUGGGCAAGAUGGAGGAGAGGGCCGUGGCCAUCUCUCUGCCCAAAGUCAGCAUGGAGGUUAGCCACAACCUCCAGAAAACUCUUGGUGAACUUGGUCUGACCGACGCUGUGGACAAAACCAAGGCCGAUCUGUCCAACAUCUCCGGCAAGAAGGACCUGUACCUCUCCAACGUGUUCCACGCCUCUUCAAUGGAGUGGGACAUCGAGGGGAACCCCUUCGACACCAGCAUCUUCGGAAGUGAGAAGCUGAGGAACCCCAAGUUGUUCUAUGCUGACCAUCCCUUCAUCUUCCUGGUGAAGGACAACAAGACCAACUCCAUCCUCUUCAUCGGCAGAAUGGUGCGACCCAAAGGAGACAAGAUGCGUGACGAGUUGUAAUAGUUAAUGGACAGUUUGAGAGAUACGGUUACUGAUUGAAUCAUGCCAGGAAAUGGUACAUGUAUUAUGGUAUGACUGUUACCCCAAGAACACAUUCCAAUAGGGCAUCUGUGGACUGAAUAUCUAGACCUACUAUUGUAUCAGACACAUUAAGCACUCCCAGGGAACAGGAGUGUAUAUGUUUGAAUGAAUGCUGUUUGGCCUUUGCAAUGUGCCAUAAUCAAUAACAUUGUCAGUCUGCAUUUCAAUACAUUUCAGGAAAAAGCCGAACACCACAAGUGCCUUUUUAGAGUACCUGAACAUUGAAUAGCAGACGACCCGACAGCAUGCUUAUAUUAAGUAUGAUCUCUCUGAUUUUUGCCUUCCAUAAAAUCAGACAUUUUCCACCGUUCUUUUCACCAGUAUAGGUUUGGCUUCUCUCUCUUAUUGGGUUUGUGAUAUGCGUGAUUAGUUGCAUUAUCUUUAAUGUUUAAAGAGAAAAAGUUUGUUGCACAAGUGUACUACAAGCUAUUUUCAUGUCUUACUAUUUUCCACUUUCCACCCUGCAAAGUACAUUUCUCAUGCUUUCAGUUGUUUUUGCCUCCCAGCUGCAUUGAAACUGUUCCUCUGCAGUCUUUGAUUUGAUUGAAUUAUCUAUGCCAUUUGCCAACCAAACUGUAUGACCGUUGUAGGCAUUUACCACUAAACCUUGGAAUGUUGCCAUAAUGCAAUGUGGUGUCCUUUUUGACUCUUUUUUUUCAAUAAAAAGAAACCUAAAAUAAA